AUGACUGCCCCUGGAGGUUGCCGCUCAGACCUGGAGUCCAGGUACCACAGACUCUGUGACCUGGCUGAAGGCUGGGGUAUUGCCCUGGAAACACUGGCCGCAGUGGGCGCUGUGGCCACAGUGGCCUUCAUGUUUGCUCUCUUGAUCCUCAUCAGCAAAGUGCAGGACUCCAACAGGCGGAAGAUGCUCCCCACCCAGUUCCUCUUCCUCCUGGGCGUGCUCGGGGUCUUCGGCCUCACCUUUGCCUUCAUCAUCAAGCUGGACUGGGCCACAGGCCCCACACGCUUCUUCCUCUUCGGCGUCCUGUUUGCCAUCUGCUUCUCUUGCCUCCUGGCCCACACCUUUAACUUGAACAAGCUGGUCCGAGGGAGGAAGCCCCUGUCGUGGCUUGUGAUCCUGAGCCUGGCAUUAGGCUUCAGCCUAGUCCAGGACGUCAUUGCAGUUGAAUACCUGGUCCUCACCAUGAACCGGACCAAUACCGCUAUCUUCUCGGAGCUGCCUGCCUCUCGGCGCAACGAGGACUUUGUCAUGCUGCUCAUCUAUGUACUCUUCUUGAUGGCGCUGACCUUCUUCUCAUCCCUCUUCGUCUUCUGUGGGUCCUUCCGUGGCUGGAAGAGACAUGGGGCUCACAUAUGCUGCACCUCAUUCCUGUCCAUUGCCGUCUGGGUGGCCUGGAUUGUCCUGCUCCUGAUUCCCGACAUCGGCUCUGAGUGGGACGACACCAUUCUCUGCACAGCCUUGGUUGCCAAUGGCUGGGUUUUCCUGGCAUUCUAUGUCUUCCCUGAGUUUCUACGGCUCCCAAGGCAACAAAGUCCCACAGAUUACCCAGUUGAGGAUGCUUUCUGUAAACCUCAACUCAUGAAGCAGAGCUAUGGGGUAGAGAACAGAGCCUACUCCCAAGAGGAAAUCACCCAAGGUCUCGAGGAGACGGGGGACACGCUCUAUGCACCUUAUUCCACCCAUUUUCAGCUGCAGGAUCGGACCCCUAAGAAGGAGUUCUCUAUCCCGAGGGCGCAUGCCCCGACCAGUCCGUACAAUAACUACGAAGGACGGAAAGGGGACAGCAGCUAA